GUUCCGACUGAGCCGGGCUGGCUGGCGACACGGUGCCACGCGCCUGCCCACACCCGUUCUGUUUGCCGCGCCGUCGGUGCCGUCGCGCGCCGGUCCGGGCUCGUCGAUAUCGGUCCGGCGGCGCAGCGGCGCAGUGCCGACCGAGGCGGAGCGCGGCGGCCGCACGACAGGCCGGCGGGCGCUAAACCUGGUGCUGACCGACCAACUCAGCGGCCAUUUCCACCAGCUGCCGCCGGAUGCCUCAGCAGUUCCGGCUGGGCGCGGCGCCAUCGGCUGCGGACUCGCCUGCCAGUCUGGCCGUCAGAUGACUCCCUUCGAGGAGGUGACGGCGCGGCCGGCGCGCGGCCAGCGUCGCUGCGCCACCUGCUGCCAGCGCGUCUGGGGCACCAUCUGCUCCAACUUCGGCAUCUGCCUCAUCAUCCUGGGCUACAUCGUCAUGGGCGCGUUCCUGUUCUCGCACGUGGAGGGCAGUCACGAGGCGGCCGAGCGGGACCGAGUGCACAGCGAGAUCAGCGCCGUCCACCACUCGGUCUCCCAGUCCCGGCUGCGCACCGUCGAGAAACUGUGGAACAUCACCGUGGCGCUCAACGUGCUGCACAAGGAGAACUGGACGCACCUGAUGGCCAUCGAGCUGAAAAAGUUCCAGGCAGAUCUGAUCCAGGCCUCCAAGCGGAACCACACGGCACCGCCCCCGGAGCAGUGGAGCUUCUUCGGGUCGUUCCUCUACUCCCUAACCAUCAUCACUACCAUAGGGUACGGCACGUGCUCCCCGAAGACCGACGCCGGAAAACUGCUCACGAUUGCCUAUGCGGUCAUGGGAAUACCACUGAUGUUGCUCUACCUGUCGAACGUCGGGGACAUAAUGGCGCGCUGCUUCAAGCUGGCGUUCGGCGGCGCGUGCGUGUGCCGCCGGCCGGCCGCGGCCGCCAGCCUGCAGUCACCGUCGCUGCACAACCGGAUCCCGGAGCUGGGCCAGACGUCGCUCAAUCACCUGGACGGCGAACUGAAGCGCGCCGGCGAGCCGCCCUGGCCGUGGGAGGAGGUCGGCCCGCUGCUGCCGCCGCCCGAGCCGCGCGCGCCGCUGCUGCCCUUCUGCGCCUGCCUCACCAUCAUCAUCGGCUACAUCCUGGCUGGCGGCUACAUGCUGACCUUCUGGGAGGACUGGAGCUACAUGGACGGCGCCUUCUUCUGCUUCGUCAGCCUGAGCACGAUCGGUUUCGGCGAGCUGACGCCGGGCUCGUCUCAGCUGGCGGCGGCGCUCUACCUGCUGCUCGGUAUGGCGCUGAUCGCCGUCUGCUGCAGCCUGCUGCAGGAGCAGCUGGUGGCGCUGGCCGGCUGCCUGGCGCGCGCGCUCGAGCUGCUGCCGGAGCGCGGCCAGCCGGCGGCCGAGGACGCGGCCGAGUCGGCGGCCAGCUGACGGCGCGCGCUGGCCUCGCUGCCGCCGCCGCCGGCCGCCUCGCGGUGCCGCUGCUGGCGCGACGGCCGGCCGGACGUCAGCCGCGCCGCGUGCGACCACCCGGCCGCCAACCAUCUGCUCCGGCUGCCGGACGGCGCGCCGCACGGCCACGCCGGCGCCCACUACGAGCCCGAGUACGACCCGGGCGGGCCCAUCGAGCUGCGCCAGCUGCGGCCGCCGGCCACGCAGCCGCUCACCGGCAGCAGCCCGCUGCCCGGUGAGACCGUGCGGCCGGGCAUACUGAAAAAGACCACCAGUGAUGUGCUCUUCAGGAGAGACAACGGUGUGGAAAACAGCGGGGCGAUGGACGGAGGGAUUGUGACGUGACUGCGAACUCAAAAUACAGGGAGGGAACUCUUGUGCUUGUGUGGUGAACAGAGUGUUAAAUGCUGGACCAAGACGGUGCAGACUGCAUCGGAAAGCAGUACCUGCAGGCCGGUCACGGUGCUCUAAAUUCCGCAUUGCUGUGUUUGUAUGAAUGAUUUAGAUCUGUGGGAUCAAAUAUUCGGGCCGCCAGCUACCGAGAUUGACGGUCGGGCCAUUGAGGAAUCGAGCGAUAUUGCUGGGAAUGUGUUCAUCGCAGUUCCGUCAGUGGUACGUGUAUGUAUGUGCUCACCGGCGGCGGCGUUCAUAACUGAAACAGAUCUGUGGAAUUGUGUCACGAGUUGUUACUACCUAUUUAUUUCAGCCAAGGAUACGAAAAAUAGUGCAGCAGGACCGCUACCCGUCGCUGUGUAGGUACCUUC